AUGUUGCUGCUUCCAGUCCUUCUUGCAACUUCAUUGUGGUCCUGUGGAGACGCGCAGGCAGUGCCAGUGCAAACCCCGGAGCUGCAGAGGCAGGUGAAGGGCAGCUCUGCCAGCAUGGCGUGCCAAAUGAGCGCUGAAGCCACUGUGCACUGGUACAAGCAGCUUCCCGGAGAGCCGCUGAAGAGGAUACUGUACGUGUCGGGACAGACACCUUUAUUUGAUGACAGAGACGGUGCAAGGAGAUUUCAAGUUCGGAAACAUCCUACUGAGCCUCUCUAUGGUUUAACGAUAGUUAAUUUAACCCGGAGGGAUUCUGGCACUUACUACUGUGCAUAUUGGUUUUAUGGCAGCAUCACAGCAUUAGAUGGUUAUUACAACGAAGUGUUUGGCUCCGGUACAAAAGUCAUUGUGUCAGACAAAGGAAUAUCUCCACCGGCAAAUUUUGAAAUCCUACAGAAGAAACAUGAAAAUCAGAUAACGUAUGUUUGCCUUAUUGAGAAAUUCUACCCAGAAGUUAUUCGGGUGACAUGGACCGAUGGAAAAAAUGAGGUAACAGACAACGUAGUAAAAGGAGACAUUUGGAAACCCACAGAAGAGGAUAAAUACUCAAUCGGCAGCUGGUUAACUGUACCACUGGAGAACAAAGACAAGAUCUAUCACUGCAAAUAUGAGCAUGAAAGCGGACAGCCAUUACUGUCGACAGAAGAUUCUACAAAGACUGUUCCUCAGGAAGAGGUCUGCAGCACAUAUCCUGGAAACAGCACAGUUUUUAAUAGAGAUCACUUAAUGCACAGGGCAGCACAUUUAGUGUACCUCGUCCUUCUUCUGAAGAGCUUCAUGUACUAUCUCAUCGUACUCUUCUUCAUCUACAGAAUGUGGGCUCCAACCAAGCACCAAGGAAAGAAAGCAUAAAUGCCGGUUUAGGAAAGGCUUACAAAAUUGUCUUCAAUUUGCUUUGCUAUAUAUUUACCCAUAUAGACUCCCCUGCUCUCAGUGUUAGAUGUAACAACAAAAAAAAAAUCCAAAAAUAAUUUUCUAGCAUUAGUGCAUAGGGCUUGUUUUGCU